CCCUGGACCAGCGCGGGACUCGAGAACGUCAAGCUUUUCUGGACUUUAUUUCAGAAUUUUCAGUCUUCAGAGUCAGUUCUGGGACAAUGAACAAGUUUGAAGAGACGGAGAGAUUGAAAAUAGACAGAAAGCUGUUGAAGCCUCAGGUCGAGCGGCGAAGACGAGAGCGAAUGAACCGCAGUCUGGAGAACCUGCGGAUUUUACUCCUGCAAGGUCCCGAGCAACAGGCCAUGUCUCAGAGGCGAGUGGAAAAAGCCGAGAUCCUAGAACACACAGUUCUCUUCCUGCAGAGCUCCAUCACCGAGGCCAAGAAAUCCAGACCAGAAGGUCCAGACGAGUCCUCACCAGAAGGUCAUCAGUUCCGGGACGGGUUCUCGGCGUGUUUACAGAAAGCAGCUCGCUUCCUGCAGGAGGAGAGCGAGGCGCGAGGCCUGCACAAUUCCCUGUCCUCGUCCCUGUAUCACUGCCUGAGCCGUCCACACUGGCACAGCGCCAGAGACGCGAGGCAGUGUCACGGCACGCAAGGACUGCAGUGUGUGAGGAGACACACACACACACUCUCACACCCGUACAGGAUCCCACCGCAACACACAGACCCGAAUACUGCCCACCGUCACCACUACCAGAACACGGCCGGCACGGCACAGCCCACGGCGAGCCCACAGGCCGCCGGCAGACAGUGUGUGUGGAGGCCGUGGCCUUGAGAGACUCGAACACACACACACACACACACACAUACACACACACACACACACACACACACACACACACACACACACACACACACACACACACAAUGGACUCUGUAAAAUGAUUGGGCUUGUGUAAUAACAUUCCAUCUGAAGAUGCCACGGCUGAUGAAGAUAUUUAUUUAGUGUUCAGAACACAUUUUGUUUUGUUUUUAUUAAAGUGGCCAUUGCUUUAUUUUAACUCCUUAAACUUCAUCACUGUUAGUUUAUGAAUAACUCACACGCUCCCCGGUGAAGGAGAGGAGGAGAGUGUAAGGGGUUGAAUGUGUAUAUAGUGUAUAAAUGACUUUUUGAAGUAUGGAUUCUCCACUGCUUUGGUGAGAUUGAUAUUUUUGCACAUUUUAAUUUAUUCACUUCAUUCCCUUUUUUUUCUUAAAUUUUUUUUUCAUACAUUUUUGGAGAAAUAUAUAUAUAUAUAUAUAAAUAUAUCUGUAUAUGAAGGAGGCAGAAAUAAAUA